AUGGCGACGAGAGGAAUUUUAACUUCAAGGGUGUCCCCUGAUUACCUACAUAGUAACUCCACCAGCCACACCUGGGCAUUUUCAGCCAUUGCAGAAAUAAUAGACAAUGCGUAUGACCCAGAUGUGAAUGCUUCAGAAUUAGGGAUCAACAAAAGAGACAUCAAUGGAAAGGUGUGUCUGACCUUCACAGACAACGGAAAUGGAAUGGUCCCCGAAAAACUUCACAAAAUGCUCAGUUUUGGCUACUGUGAAAAGGUAGCUGUUGGAAACCAUCAACCCAUUGGUCACUACGGCAAUGGCUUUAAGUCUGGCAGCAUGCGUUUGGGGAAGGAUGCUAUUGUUUUCAGUCGGCAAGCGGACGUGAUGAGUGUUGGACUUCUUUCUCAGACGUAUCUGAAGGCCAUCAAGGCAGAGACGGUACUUGUACCAAUUAUCUCAUGGAAUCUCCCAAACAAAACCAGAAGAACCUCCCCAGAGACUAAAAAUAACUUGUCAGCAAUAUGUACUCACUCCAUCUUCAAAGAUGAGAAAGAACUACUGAGCGAGCUUGACUCGCUGGAAAAAUUGAGAACUGGGACAAGAAUCAUUGUAUACAAUCUUACUAAGAACAACAACUCUGGAAAUUUGGAGCUGGACUUUCUCAGUGACCCACUGGACAUCAGAAACCCGGAGUCCCAUCUCAUCGACUACUCCACAAUCAACCGGACAAUCCACGACAAAAGUCCCGAGUAUAAAGUCUCUCUCAGGGCAUACUGCAGUAUUUUGUACUUGAAGCCGAGGAUGAAAAUUGUUCUGCGGGGAAAGAAGGUGAAAACAAAAAUGAUCAGUAAAAGCCUGUCUGAGACGGAGACCGACGUCUACAAGCCGACCUGGAUUAAUAAACCAUUAGUGAUUAAAUUUGGAUUCACGUCCAGUAAAAACCCAGAGGAUUAUGGGGUAAUGUUGUACCACAAAAACCGACUGAUUCGGGCUUAUGACAAAGUAGGAUGUCAAAAACAGGCUAACGAGCUUGGAGUUGGAAUUGUGGGUGUGGCUGAAGCCUUCUUCUUGACCCCGACCCACAACAAACAGGACUUCAGCCGUGACGACAAGUACAAUGCCUUUAUGACAAAUGUUGGAAUCAAACUGAAUGAUUACUGGAAUGAGAAGAGAGGGGUGACCAAUAACACAGCAUCCUCUUCAAAGAACAAAGUACUAGCUCCUGAUUGGCUGUGGGCCCAGUGUGAUAACUGCUUACAGUGGAGAAGGUUACCGGGAGGCUUCAGACAGGAGGAUCUCCCUGACAAGUGGUACUGUCACAUGAACCCCGACGCUGCAUUCAAUCGCUGUGAAAUUCCUGAAGAACCAGAGGAUGAAGAUGAAGCUUUGAUGGGCCCCAGCUAUAAAAAGACAUUUAAAAAACAACAGUCUGAACUCAGGCUGAAAAUCAAACUACAGGAGAAACAGAAAGAGAUUCAGCUUUCAGAGAAAGAAAAACAGCUUCAGAGGAAGGAAAUGGAAAUGAACCAGCGCAAAAAAUCAGAAUCUUUCAGUCCUAUUGUCGAGAAGCUGAAGAAGCUUGAAGAGAAGGCAGCGAAACAAGAGAAGAUGAUAGCGGCUCUCCACAGGGAGCGAGUCGAACAGGAAGCCGCGAGUCGACAAAUGCUGGACGCCGCAGAGAAUCUGAAUCUCGUCAACCUAAGACAAAGUGAGCUCCUGGACAAAGUGGCCCGAGGAGCAGAUAUCAGGUCCUCUUCUUCCUCAGCUUCAAGGAAGAGGAAACAUUCCAGUAAUAGUAUUUGUAUAAAGACGGAGGACGGCAGCGUCCUGGAGGUCAUACCUAACACCGAUCACGACGACCGAGUGGUGGAUAUAACCGAGGACUCAGAUGAGAAAGGAGAAGGCGCUCCGUCGUCGUCAAAACAAUCCAAAGAAGAAGAUCCAAAGUCUACUCCCAGUAAGGGGGAGAACUCCAAAUCUACCACAAAAACAAACAAUAAAGAUAGUAAAACUAGUGCUUCCAAUGCUCAGGCAGAUGAUGUUAAACCUAACCUUGAUAAACUGAAGGAGCAGAUCAACAAGUUACGGACAUUUAAAGAGAAAGGUGUACAGACAGAGGGUAGGGAGGAAACAAAGGAGGAGAAGAGCUAUAAGGAACGGUUACUCGCCUUCCAGAAAAACGUCCACGAACUGCUGAGGAGGAUCGACCCCAGUAAAGAGUGGGGGGGAUCCGAGAAUAUAGAGGACGUUAUUGUGCAAAUGAUGAAACACAUCGAACCAAACGGGGAGGAGAACGAUUCAGAUUGAUGCGUAAAUGUUGGUGGAUUGGAGAAUAUGGCGACAGUCACUGAACCAAAUAGUGAUUCAGAUUUAGGCUUAGAUACACAAGUUGGUGGAUCUAAGAUUAUAGUGUGACAAUCAUUGAACUAAAUGUGACUCAGAUUAAACCUUAGAUAUCGGCGAUUCUGAGAAUAUAGUGGCAGUAAUUUGUUCAGUUGGUGAAACACAUGGAAACUUGUUGGUUAGGAGACCCAUUCACAUUGAACUUUUGGUCAUAGAGGAUGUACAAUCAUGUACAUGUUUUAGGAAUAGGUAUUAGAUAGAUUGAUAAAACUGAUACAUAUCAUCAAAUAUAAAUAUACAAGGGGACUUUCCUAGUUUUUAAUAUUAUUUUUUAUGCCAGACUUUGAAUUUAAGAUAUAACUUUGAGAUUAUUCACAUCGAUAACUGCCGCACUAUCAGUACCUGAUUAAAAACUGACAGGGAGUCAGAUACGUAUGUUUUUUUUCACACUUUCAACGAACAGAACUCUAUGGCACAUGUACAUGUAUAUAAUGUAUGAGACACUAUU